AUGUUUGCCAUUCGACUCGCGCGUCGUUCAUGCGCAACGGCAUUUCCUCGUCGUUAUUUCUUCAAUUUUUCACGAAAAGUAGAACCUCCUCCAACGAGCAGAGCUCUCCGGCCAGACGACGAUGAUCCAGAAUUAUUUCAUCUGCAUUCACAGUCGCCUAACCGCGAUAUCAGGAUGAGAGGAGAACGCAUAAAGAAGCUUGCAUCCUGUCCAGUGUGUUUAAAUGUAGAAGGAACGCGCAAAACGUCAAGCACGAAUGUCCAGACUGUGGUUGGCCCACUCACUGUUCAGGCGAGCAUUGGGAGCAAGAUGAAGAACAUGCAAAAUACUGUCAAUGAAGACGACCACGACCUGCGAAGCGGACGCGAGAUGCACGAAUAUGCGAUGCCUGGUCCAAUCCCGUAUGGAGAGGUCGUAUCGCUCUCCAACUGGGAUAUCUUUUACUAUACAAGAGGCUUUCCUUCGGUCGACACCGAUCGAGCAGGCCGCCAUCUGAGUAAACUGCUUACCUACCCAAUGACAAUUGCUGGGGUGCUCCAUGAGUAUAGUAGUCUUACGACAAGAAAUCAACGGUUAACUCCGGAGGGUUUGCGUUCGCUAAACGCCUUGCGAACAAGUUUACACGCUCCAAUGGGAGCUCCAGAAAGUCACGGGCCUUCUCCUGAGCGACCACCCGUUCGCCUCUUCCUCCUUGGAGCACGAGCUGAAUCAUCCCUGCCUCCCCAUGUUUGGAAUCAGCUGUCAUUAAUGUUCCCGAGCGCAACUCUCUCCAUCUAUCAUAUUGGGCCGGAGGUAUCUCUACCCAAGGUCUCGCUCCCUCCAGAGGAACAAGCCUCGUCAGCUCCUGAAUCCAGUCCGACCCCGUCUGCUGCCUCCGAAAGAAAAGGCGAGACAGGCGCAGCCGCCGACGCAAUGGCUAUCACACCUGCCGAGAAAGAAGCCCUAAAGUCUCUACGAGUAUGGAAACCGGAAAUUCGAGAACUCCGUAUGUCGAAAUAUACGCGAAACGAAGUUUCCGUCUGGGGUGUGCCAUCGUACAUGAACCCAAUCAACGACCAACUUCAGAUUGGCGCACUUCGCUCCCCUUAUCAGGACAUUCACGAAAAGUUUGGGCCAUUUGACCCAUACACUGACGUCUUCUUUGCAUUCCAGCCAGGAUUCGGUUUCCCUUCGCAGCAUACUCCCGGAAUCACUCAGAUAGCGUCCCCAUCUGAGUGGGGUAAUGUUAUACCGCUCAUUCUGGAAACGAAAUGUGCCUUGUUCGUGACCGGAUUUUCGCCAGAGGAUGUGGAGAGAGACGUACGGUCGCUCGAAGGUGUCCCUGGUGUGGCCGGCGAAUUCGAUUGGAUUCUCACUCCUGGAGAAAACCCAUUCAAGAGCGAAAGGUGGGAAGUAGCUGAAUUCGACCCUCGCCUUAUGGUUCGAACGAAUUGGGGGAUAUGGGGUAUUCGAGGAAAACGGAGAGAACUUCAAGAAGUGGCCUAA